AGAGAGAGAGAGGGGAAAGGAGGAGGAGGAGGAGGAGGAGGAGGAGGAAGAUGCCGCUGCUGCUCCGUCCGUCUGCGCUGCCUUCAUAGUCCUCUUCAUAGUCCCGUCCUCUGGGCAGGAUGAAGUACCGACACCAUCAUCAGCUGUGGUUUUGUAGUACAAACGUCGUGCACGAGCGCGGUCACGUCAGUCGCCUCGGUCUCCAGUCCUGAGUGACGGUCCCGCGGUUCGUCCGCUCUGCACCUGUCUGCGCGUGCGAGGCGGCGUAACAGACACGGAGCUCUGUCCAUGGUACCGACCGACCGACCGACCGACCGAGCGACCGGGUCGUAUGUGUUCCGCUGACCGCCUGCCUCAAACCGCGUCCGUUCGAUUAAUCGAGCCGAUAGAUGCAGGUGACCUGAGGCUGUGACGUCACCUUUGAGUUUCACCUUGGAGAAGACGAACGCUGGAAAGGUCCAUGGAAAAAAAAAUCAAAACUGACGUCCGUGGAGUCGGAGUGCAGUCUGGGACCUGUGGCACCGGUCCAGGUCUCCCGCCACAGCUCACGGUCCAGGAGUCGGCCGUGGUCGGUCCAGAUGUGCUGCACCGCCCCACCAGACUGGGCCGCGCCCCGGCUGGGACGGACAAAAUGGAUCCAGGUCAAACUGAACCAGUCUCUGCUCCAGAACCUCUGAGGAGCAUCAGCAGACCCAGACCCAGUGCUCUGAGAACCAGACCCGCUCCAAACCACCCCCCCAGGGACAUCGACCUGAUGCCAGUUUGCCUCCCCGCGCCCCACAAUGCCAACAUCCGGCCUCCGUCCCCGACAGAGGGCCCCCUCCCUCGUCACGGUCCUCAAAGUCCCAACGGUCCUCAGCCUCAGCUGGGCCCCACGUCCAGUCUCCUCCGGUCCAACCCCAACCCCAACCCCCCGGCCAGCCUCACCCCCCGGCCCAGCCCUGGUCCACAGACCCAGAGGACCAGCCCGCAUCAGAGCACCAAUCAGAGUCAAGGCCACGCCAUGAAGCCCGCAGGAGAGAACGGCGACUUCAGUGUCUACAUCGCCACAUGGAACGUGGGCUCGGCCGUCCCACCGGAUGACAUCACCGCUCUGUUUGGACCGAAUGUCUCAGAUGGCAGCGUGGACAUGUGUGUCAUCGGACUCCAGGAGGUGAACUCCAUGAUCAACAAACGCCUGAAGGACGCCCUCUUCUCAGACCAGUGGAGCGAGCUCUGCAUGGACACGCUCAGCCCUCUGGGAUACGUCCUGGUGGCGUCCCAGAGAAUGCAGGGAGUUCUCCUGCUGGUGUUCUCUAAAUCCGUCCACCUCCCGUUCCUCCGGGGCGUGCAGACACAGAAGACGCGCACGGGACUGGGGGGUUACUGGGGGAACAAAGGAGGCGUCAGUGCCAGGAUGACGGUUUUCGGACACCCGCUCUGCUUCCUGAACUGCCACCUGCCGGCCCACAUGAGGAACCUGGAGCAGAGGAUGGAGGACUUCGAGAGCAUCCUGCAGCAGCAGCAGUUUGAAGGCGGGGCCGCCACCGGGGUCCUGGACCACGAUGUGGUGUUUUGGUUUGGAGAUUUGAACUUCCGUAUCGAGGACUACGACAUCCACGUGGUGAAAUGUACCGUCGACAGUAACAAGCUUCCGCUGCUGUGGGAACGGGAUCAGCUGAACAUGGCUAAAAACACAGAGUCCAUCCUGGAUGGCUUCAUGGAGGGGGCGCUCAAGUUCCCGCCCACUUAUAAAUUUGAUGUGGGCACCAACACCUACGACACCAGUGCUAAGAAAAGGAAACCAGCCUGGACAGAUCGCAUCCUGUGGCGCCUUCGACGCACCGUCUCCCCGGUUCCUACCCACAAUGCAGCACUGCAGCGGGGUCUGACCUCAUGGCUGGGUGGGGCAACUAAAGUGACCCAGCAAACAUACGAGAGUCACAUGGGCUUCACCAUCAGCGAUCACAAGCCUGUUUCUGCCCUGUUUUCUUUACACUUCCCGUUCAAGGUGGAAAUUCCACUGGUGGAGUUUCAGGUCAACAAGGAGUGGAGUCAAGUCUCGGACGCUUCAGUUAGAUUCAGCGUUUCCUCCGGUUUUCAGCGCAGCUCGUGGGACUGGGUGGCGCUGUACAAGCUUGGAUUCAGACACCACAAAGAUUACCAGGCGUAUGUGUGGGCCAAGGGAGAACAUGCGACACAGGUGACGUUUCCAGAGGAAGAUCUGCCCAGAGAGGACUGUGAAUACCUUCUUGGCUACUUCAGCCACAACAUGAACAGUAUUGUUGGACUGUCAACACCCGUUCAGAUCAAAAUCCCAGUCUGCAGCCCUCCCAUUGGACGCUCCGACAGCUCUGACGUCAGCUCAGAAGACGACAGCACUCUUGUCCUGCUGGCUCCAAACUCCCGCAGCCCCAGCCCUAAAACCGGGAAACACCAUCAGCGCCACAGACACAGCCGCAGUCCUGCAGUUCCUGCUCUGACCUCCAACCCUCUCCCGUCACUCCAGAGCCUCAGCCUCUGCCCUCGCCCUAAAGAAGGCCAGGCAUCGAGCCGCUCACCCUGCUCCACUGCCAAGAAGGAACGGCUGGUGUCGCCCAACACUGUGCCUUCACCAUCUAUCAGUCCGCUGAGUCCCCGCAGCCCCGUGUCUCCAGGCGGUGGCGUGAGUGUACCAGAGGCGUUGAUCGCCGCCAUCAUAGGUGAACACAGACCAGCUCAGGUUAGCCCCACGGGAAUCAAACAGAUCGGGAAACCAGGGUAAAGCUAACACCACGUCACGGGGCUGUCACUUUGACAAAUGACGUUCGAAUAAGUUCACGAUCCAGUUUAAACACGUCUUGUAAUGAAUAAGACAAUCUGCGGUCAUUUUAGCCUGAUCCAGCAGAGGGUGCUCUAAGCACAGCUCUCUCUGACCAAACAAACAAAAAAAAGAAAGAAAGAAAAUGAUGCUAGCUAGUUUCUUUCUCUAAACACAGGAGUCUUCAACCUCUACCACAAAUAGAUAACGUUUUUAAAUCAAUCAGUGCGUCAUCAAAUAUCGCAAAAAUACUUUAAUAAUUAUUAAUUAAUUAUUGUUAGUUAAUUACGAUCUCAUUAACGUGUUUCCCAGGCUAAGUGCUACGAGCCCCACGUCGCAGACUCUGGGCCAAAAAAAUGUCUCAUCAAAGUUGAAUAAAUGACAGCCCUGGUUUUAGAAAUGAUCUACGGUCGGACGAUUUUUGGCAAACAUUGCGCAGUUCACGCUCGGAUCUCACGCUGCCAGAUUGGACCAUGUGUCCAGACUGCUGGAGACAAGUGCUUUUAAAGACUCAGAAGUAGUUAAAAAAAAAAGAAGUAAUAUCUGACCUAACCUGUGACAGAUGUCGUACCUGGUUAUUGAAAGCAAUAUUUGUAAAAAAAAAAAA